CGUGAUAGCAGUGAGUCUAGUAAUACUUACUAGACGGGCAGGCACAAUGCUCAACUUUAUGAUAACAGCAAAUAUUGCCGUUCUUUUUGGAUUCUCGUGGUCUCUCUGGAUGGGUGCCUUUAUAUGUUCAAUGGGGAUCAUUGCCGGAGUGGUGUUGGCCAUACUGGAUUACAACGGAACUAAGAGACUAGACGCGGAGUCCCAGAAAGAGUUAGCUAGCCGACCCGUUACGCUAUCAGACAUCACAAACAUACCGAAGACGUUCUGGAUACAUGUAGCAAUGAUCGGCUUUCACUACUGUACAUUUUUUUCCUUUGUCGCCAACAUGUCUCAAUACAUCCAGUUGAGAUACGGGUACUCCAAAGUGAUCGCCUCCUACGUCACAGGAGCUUCGUACGUGGGACCGGUGUUUUUCGCGCCAUUUGUGGCGCUCCUACUUAGAAAAAUCGACUGUAACGGGCUGAUGGCCAUGUCGGCUACCACUUUCAGUAUACCAGUGUACCUCAUGAUGGCCUACUGUCCCAACAUACCGCCUCUUGUUCUCACCGUGUCUAUUGGAAUCGUCUAUACAUUUGAUGUCAUAAUAAUGUGGCAAGUGACCAUCAACCUUUUGCCUCCUGCCGUAUUUGGGACCGGGGCCGGAGUGGCAGUGUUUAUGAUGCGUUUUUCCAUAGGACUGACCAACCUCUCUGUUGGUACUAUCGUUGAAAACAAAGAAAGCCUUGGUCAUCAGAUACAGAUCCACGCCUACCAGGACGCCCUACUGUUGAUGACGGGUCUAUCCGUGAUGGCAGUCCUGUCUGGAGUACUGCUCAACAUCAUUGAUAUACGUCGGGGCGAUGGUGUGAAUAGACGUUUCAUGAAGGAAAAAGUGAAAGGUUUGGAUACAUCAGUCCUCAUUCUGGAUGACAAACUCAACAAGCGAUACGACGCUGAAGGCAACUCAAACUUGGCUCUCGAGGAAUACAAUCAGUAACUGCCUCCGUGAUUUAACAUAAACCCGAAGGAUUGUUUAGAUGUUGUUAUAUAUUUAUAUGUAUAUAUGAAUAUAAUUGAAAUGGCAAUGCCUUUCAUGUAAUGUAUUUUCGUUUAACACUUUUU